AUGGAAGGAGAUAUUUGGGGGAUCGGAUUUGUAUCUUUUUACGUUUCUAUUUUACCUUCUGUUAUCUGUUUUCUUGUCAUUCUUAGAAACAAACAUGACUUGAUUGAUUAUUUAUUUGAUUGUUUUGGAACAAACAUUGCAAACAGAUUUCUGUGCUUAUCUUUGCAGGGAUGUGAUGCCUCAGUCCUGAUUUCAUCACCAAAUGGGGAUGCGGAGAAGGAUUCUAAAGAUAAUCACUCCCUUGCAGGAGACGGUGCCUGUGACACCGUAUUCAAAGCCAAGCAAGCAGUAGAAGCAGCAUGCCCAGAGAUAGGCCCUUGUGCAGAUAUUCUGGCUCUAGCUGCCAGAGAUGUUGUAGCCCUGGUUGGAAGCCCUUGAUUCAGUGUAGAAUUGGGUUGUCAUGAUGGUCUCAUCCCUCAAGCAUCUCGGGUUGGUGGAAACCUGCCAGAACCUCCCUUUGAUCUUGACCAACUCAACUCCAUGCUUGCGAGACACAACCUUAGCCAGCUUGAUAUGAUAGCAUUGUCUGGAGCACACACUCUAGGCUUCUCCCACUGCAGCCGCUUUGCCAACCACCUUUACUCAUUCUCCUCAUCCUCCCCGGUGGACCCUUCUCUAGACCGAGAUUACGCCAAGCAGCUAAUGUCAGUUUGCCCUCAGAAUGUGGAUCCCAGCAUAGCAAUUGACAUGGAUCCUGUAACCUCACGAACAUUUGACAAUGUGUAUUACCAGAAUCUGGUGGCAGGAAAGGGUUUGUUCACUUCAGAUGAGGCACUGAUCCUGCACUCAGCCUAUACAGCCACUGAUUUUGCCAACAGCCCAGGUGAGUUCAAUGUAGCUUUCAUCACUGCAAUGAGGAAGCUUGGGAGAGUUGGCGUCAAAACUGGUGACCAAGGAGAGACUAGGACGGGUUGCACAGCCUUCACUUCAUGAAGGCAAUGUCUCAGCAACAAGUUCCGUAACGAAUUCCUCAUUAUCCAGUUUCCUGAAAUCCCCUGCAUGUACUCUGUUGUAUCCUUGAAAUGUUCAGAGUCUUCAUAA